GUUGAGCUGAAAAACGAAGGAAUAUUUGCAAUAUAAAGUUAAACAGUAGCUGCAGCUACACCUUUCACAUUUCAUAGCUUCUCCAUGUUGGAUCAUCUGUUAUUUUCUUGGCAUCAUAGAAUAUACUUUAUCAAAUCCCUGUGACCUUUGAUUCGUUGAAUAUAAUAUAACAGUGCAAUAGUUUUCAAUAAGAUAGAAAAAAAAUGCGCGUUGCUAUCAUAGGCGCGGGAGCUGCUGGAUUAGCAGCUCUUAGACACUGUGUUAAUGUUGAGAAUAAUGAUUUCGAAAAUCCUGAACAAUCUGCAAAACUCAUUACGGUGAUCUGUUAUGAAAAAUCGGAUCAAAUCGGAGGAACAUGGGUUUAUACACCAGAAACUGGUGUGGACAAUUACGGAAUUCCGAUUCACUCCAGCAUGUACAACAGCCUGAGACGCGGCUUCUAUCCUAAAGCCAAUUGUAAUCGUAUGAACAGCGACUGCAGAAUUCUCAAAAUUAUAAAAAAAUGUCUUAUUUUAUAAACUAAUAAGAUUUAC